ACGAUGUAAACAACUGUAAACUAUAAUCGACUGUCAACAAAUUUAGUAGCGCACAAAGUUCAGCCGCUAGCAAUAGCAAUAAAGUGAGAAAACAAAGCCAAAGAAAUAGAAUUACUGCUAAGCUAAAGAUCACAAUCACAUUUAUCUGCUCUUUCACAAAUGACUAGUGCAAUUGCAGCGCUUGCUAGCGGUUAGAGAAAUGUCUUCGACAGUGAAUUUAUCAGCAUUGCGUCUCAAAUAUCGUGAAAAGAAAGAAGUUUUCCUUGAAAAUAAUAUAAAAGUGAAGGAGCCGAUUACGCUAUUUCGUGAAUGGCUGGAAGAAGCGCUGAAAACGGAGGAACUGCUAGAACCUAAUGCCGCUUGCUUGGCAACAGUAAAUAGAGAUGGUAAACCUUCAAAUCGUUUUGUGUUGCUCAAAGACGUCACCGACGAUGGUUUCCGCUUCUUCACUAACUAUGGCAGUCAUAAGGCACAAGACAUUGCUUGCAAUCCCAAUGUAGCUAUGACACUUUAUUGGCUACCAUUGCGUCGUCAGAUACGAAUUGAAGGCGUGGCCGAGCAGAUACCCAAAGCAGAUUCUUUAGCAUAUUUUCAUCAGCGGCCACGUGCGUCACAAAUAGGUGCACUGGCUAGCGAACAAAGUACACGUAUACCUUCACGUCAGCAUUUAGAUAAAAUUGAGCGGGAGAUCAAAGAUAAAUUGGGCCCAAAUGGUGAGGUACCUCUACCCAACUGGGGUGGCUAUUUGAUAAGACCGCAUACCAUAGAAUUUUGGCAGGGACAAACCGAUCGCCUACAUGAUCGCAUACAAUUUCGUCGUGGGCCCGGAGUGGAAAUGGAGGUCGACGAAAAACUAGUGCAUAGAGGUGAAAACGGUUGGGUCUAUGAGCGAUUGGCUCCUUAGAUGAAGUCCCCUGCAUACGUCUAUGGCAGUGCUGUCAGAAUAUUUUGAGGCUUAUAGCUGAUUUCUUCGAAAAUAUAGCUAAAACUGGUAAAAAAUUUGUUUCAUCACCAAAAACAAAAAAAUAGCUAAAAAUAUUUUUCUUAAAAAAGAGCUAAAUAAACGUUUAUUCAAAAAGGUAAGGUAAGGUAACUAAAAGUAAUAUCAUACUUUUAUGUAGAUAUGUCUCUAAUAAUUAGAUAUUAUAACCCAAACGAAAAUGAUUAUUUUAUUACAAAUGUACCUAAAUAUUUACACACAUUGAAUUGGCAUAGUAAAAUUGUAACUAGUAAAUAUUAAAAAAAAAAAACGUUGUGAACAAAAUUAGGCGUUUGAUGACACAGUGCGACUAAAAAGGACUUUAAAAU